AUGCAUAUGUCGGAAUAUAGCCGCGCGGCUUCCAGAGCGCGGGAGAAUAACUCCGCCCUUCGUGGGCGUGACCCAACUCCGAGCGUCUCCCUCAAAGAAAACCGUGAGUCAAUGUCGCUGCAAGAGCAGCCCUCCGAGUUCAUUUGCAUUCUGGGAAAUGUAGUUUCAGCAUACUUUCAGGAUCUUACGGAUGUUACAUCUAAUGAGGAGGGGCCUGCAAAUGACUUGCUACAAGUGGAGCUCAAACUGAACUUGAAGUUAGGGAAUUUACUGUUUUAAGAUCAUGUAAAUUCUGUUUACAAUGCCUUAUUAUAUGCCUGGGAUGGUGAUGAGAAGUAUGUAUAUAUCAGACCAAAGAGAAGGCGCAUAUCUUUUUUUUUUGUAAUGAACCCAGUAUCGUUUGGCAUGGUUCAAACAUGGGUUCCUUUUGGGGAAGUGAAGCAUGUAUGGGAUUGGCUGCUGAUUAAAAGUCUGGUUUGUAAACCUGAAUUGGAGUGCUCUAAAAGACCUAUUUGUGGGUAUCAAUAUCCCCAGAGUGAGAUGAGUGGCGCCCACAUUUAGGGUGUCUUCAAAUGACUCUGUGGACGUUUUGAGGUGUUUUUCCAGCACUGUUUUGUGCACAACCAUUGUCCUCUCAUUUUCAUGAACCAACAUGGCAAGAACCUAACCCCCCCCCUUUCAAAAGCACAAGAGACACUACUGAAAAUCUGUGAGGUAGCCCUUUGUAAAGUUGUAAGGGCGCUUGUGGUCAGAAUGGUUAUUGGUGUAGGAAGAUUCUCUGAACAGAGGGCUAGGAAGGCUCUGGCAUUGGAGGGAUUAGAUGUUGCAGUGAAAAGUAUAAUGCUCCCCUGACCUAGGAAUCCUCAAGCCAACAAAGGAUGAGACAACGCGGUUACGAACCAGCUUGAGGAAAUGGGAGUCAGACGUUUACUAAAUUGUGGAAUAACAAAGACAUAA